UAUUUGUUAAACGAUUUUUGCUUCAUCACUAACCGCUAGUGUGAUUCAGUGGUUGAGAAGAAAAGAUCAAUUGGAUGAAAUGUUCCCUCUCACAUGGUUAUGCUUCCUCCUCUUUCAGUUCUGCGUCUACGAGGCUGCCCCCAGCCCUUUUCCCACUGAUAUCCUAAGCCCAACUGAAUCGAUCACCGAUGGCCAAAUACUUGUCUCCAAUGGAAGCAAUUUUGCGUUGGGCUUUUUCAGCCCUGGCAAUUCUAGUUACAGGUACGUCGGGAUUUGGUUCCACAAAAUUCCUGAAACAACUGCGGUUUGGGUCGCCAACAGAGACAACCCUAUCAACGAUUCCUCCGGAGUGCUGUCCCUCGCCCUUGAUGGGAAUCUCGUCGUCUUUUCCCGUAGCAAUCAGAGACGUCCUCUUUGGUCCACCAAUGUCUCCAUAAGUUCCAAUACCACCUUUCUGAAGCUCCUCAACACGGGAAACCUGGUUCUAUACAGCGGCGGCGGUAGGAAUGUGAUCUUAUGGCAAAGCUUCGACCAUCCGACACACAUGUCGCUUGCCGGCAUGAAAAUUGGAUUUGACCGUAGAACCGGUCUGAACCGGAUCCUGAUAUCCUGGAAGUCCAAAGAUGACCCUGGCCGCGGGAUAUACUCGUUCAAGUUCGACCCACGACGGGAUUCAACAGAUCAUUUCUUGUACGAGGGGUCGGCCCCGGUUUGGCGAACCGGUCCCUGGAACGGUCAACGGCUCAGCGGGAUCCCAGAGAUGACCCAGAACUACCUCUUCUGGUACGCUUUAGUCAAGACAACGGACGAGUGCUACUUCAUCUACGACAUGUACAACUCCUCAAUUUUCUCACCAUUCGUGCUGGAUGACUCCGGGGCCAUCCAGCGGAAGACUUGGGUAGAGAGAGAUCGUCGAUGGAAUACAAUCUUUUCGUCGCCCAGCGAUAAGUGCGACUACUACGGGCACUGCGGGGCCUACGGGAGCUGUCGCAUACAGGAGAGCACGGUGGAGUGCGCGUGUCUUCCCGGUUUCCAACCCAAGUCUUCAAUAAACUGGUACCUGAGGGAAUGGUCGGAUGGGUGCGUGAGGAAGAGAAACCUUUGGUGUGGCAAGGGAGACGGGUUCUUGAAGUUGGAAGGCUUGAAGCUUCCCGACACGUCCAUGUCAGUACUUGUGGACAAUAAUCUGAGUCUCAAGGAAUGCGAGCAAAAAUGCUUGAAGAACUGCUCUUGCACCGCGUACGCCCCUGCUGAUAUUACCGGUGGAGGUAGUGGCUGCGUUGCUUGGUAUGACAAAUUGAUGGACAUUCGGUAUUUUUCUAACGGCGGCGAUGCUUUAUACCUACGUGUGGAUGCAGUGGAGCUAGCUGCACAUGCAAGAAGAGAGAAAGAAUUUCUUCACAGGAAGCGGACAGUGGCGAUUAUUACGGUGUGUCUUGUUGUGGGUGUGCUUCUCCUUACUGCAUGUGUGUACCGUUUGCUGAAGAAAAGAAAAGGGGUCAUUGAGAAGCGGCAGCGACAGCAACCACGAAGCCGAUUCUUGUUUGAUUUCACAACUAAUUCAAGAAGUUCUACAAAUUUCUCUGCAAAGAAUGAGCUUGAAGACAAUGGGACAAAUCCCGAAUUACCGUUUCUUGAAAUAGAUGUUGUUGCAGCAGCCACGGACAAUUUCUCUUCCAAUAACAAGCUUGGAGAAGGCGGUUUUGGUCCUGUCUAUAAGGGUCGAUUGUUCAACGGGAGGGAGAUAGCUGUCAAAAGAUUAUCCAGGAAUUCAGGGCAAGGAAUGGAAGAGUUUAAAACUGAAGUUGUAUUGAUUGCCAAACUUCAACAUAGAAAUUUGGUUAGGCUCCUAGCUUGGAGCAUCCAGGAAGAAGAAAAGAUGUUAAUCUAUGAGUACAUGCCCAAUAAAAGCUUGGAUUGUUUCAUUUUCGAUAAGACUAAGAGUGCAUUGCUUGAUUGGAGAAAACGAUUUGAAAUCAUUGUAGGAGUUGCUCGAGGUGUCCUCUAUCUUCACCAAGACUCCAGAUUGAGAAUCAUUCAUAGAGAUUUGAAAGCUAGCAAUGUACUACUAGACAAAGGGAUGAACCCUAAAAUUUCAGAUUUUGGUAUGGCAAGAAUGUUCGGAGGAAACCAAAUUCAAGCCAAUACAACCAAAGUGGUUGGGACAUAUGGUUACAUGUCACCAGAGUACGCCAUGCAAGGGAUUUUCUCAAUAAAGUCAGAUGUAUUUAGCUUUGGAGUAUUAUUAUUGGAGAUCAUUAGUGGCAAGAAGAACAAUGUAUAUGUUCAUGAAAAUCCUUCAACGAUUUUAAUAGAACAUGUAUGGGACCUAUGGAAAGAAGGUCGAGCAUUAGAGAUAGUUGAUUCAUUAAUGGAUCACUCCUACCCUGCUCAUGAAGUUUCAAGGUGCAUUCAAGUUGGGCUAUUAUGUGUGCAAGAAAGUGCAUCAGACAGGCCAACAAUGUCAAGUGUUAUUUUCAUGUUGGAGAAUGAAGUCAAAGUAUCGACCCCUAAUCAGCCUGCUUUUAUUGUGAAAAGAUCUAGCAAGGGCCAAGAUUCAUCUACCUCUAUCAAUGAAGUAACGAUCACUGAGGUAGAUCCCCAAUAGAAGGUGCACGCAUUUUGCUAUGUACAUUGGUGACUCGUAGAGUUUAGUAAUCCAUUGUCUUGCAAAUGCAUCUACGAAGUUUAAGUUGUAAAUAGUCAAAAUCAACUUGGCACCCUUGACCAGUGUUGUCUAUUUUCCCUUAUUGUGAAAUUAAAUAUUUCAACUAGU